CGAGCGGAACCUGAAGAGCAGAUGCCGAUGAGAAUCACUUAAGUCUCUUUGCUGCUGUGAGAAGGAAGCGCCUGAAAGCCGUUUUUUCUGACUUCCGGCUGAUGCGCGGCCGUCAGAGAUGAGCGUCACUUUGGACAUCAGACUGAAACGGGCAAACAAAGUUUAUCAUGAAGGGGAGUCGGUGGCUGGUGUCAUCGUGCUGGUGUGUAAGGAGGCGCUGCAGCACCACAGCAUCUCUCUGAGCAUGGAGGGGCUGGUGAACCUGCAGCUCAGCUCCAAGAGCGUCGGCGUCUUCGAGGCCUUCUACAACUCCGUGAAGCCCAUCCAGCUGAUCAGCAGUAACAUCGAGGUGGCCAAGGCGGGAAAAAUCCCAGCAGGCAAGACUGAGAUCCCCUUCGAGUUCCCGCUGAACACAAAAGGCAACAAAGUGCUGUACGAGACCUACCACGGCGUCUUCGUCAACAUUCAGUACACCCUCCGCUGUGACCUGAAGCGCUCCCUGCUGGCCAAAGACCUGAGCAGGAACUGCGAGUUCAUUGUGCACUGUCAGCCACAGAAAGCAAAAGUCGUCCCGACUCCGGUCGACUUCGCCAUCACUCCAGACACCCUGCAGAACGUCCGCGAGAGGAGCUCGCUGCCAAAGUUUCUAGUCAGAGGCCAUUUGGACGCCACCAGCUGCGUGAUCAGCCAGCCGCUGACCGGAGAGCUGGUGGUGGAGAACUCGGACGUUCCCAUCAAGAGUAUUGAACUGCAGCUUGUGCGGGUGGAGACGUGUGGUUGCGCUGAAGGUUACGCCAGAGAUGCCACGGAGAUCCAGAACAUCCAGAUAGCUGAAGGCGAUGUCUGCCACAGCCUCCCGAUUCCCAUCUACAUGGUGUUCCCCAGGCUGUUCACCUGCCCCACGCUGGAGACCACCAACUUCAAAGUCGAGUUUGAAGUCAACAUUGUCAUCGUGCUUCACGACGACCAUCUGAUCACAGAGAAUUUCCCCCUGAAGCUGUGCAGAGUCUGAAGCUGCCCACAGUCCCAGAGGACCGAGAGGACACGAACCGGACCCAACUGAUCUCCCACAUGAUGCAACAGUUCCUGUAAAGGAAGCUCCAGGAACCGGAUCAUCUGGCUUUACAGAACGCUGAGUUUCUCUCACACAGAAACAUGAACGUGACCAAAAGUCCAACACAGAUUAUUGCUCGGUGAGUUGAAUCAAUUGUGAACAGAGCAGA